CACACACUCGCCUAGGCGCGGAGCAAACACAACCUCCGGAGACCUCUCCAGGAGUUAACCACCACCCUCCCUUUUUGGAAAAAAAAUUUUUUUUUCCUGUCUGAUCCAGUCUAGCCCCGGGGAUUUAAAACCUUUUUCUCUUUUUGGCCAACGGGGAGGAGGAGAAGGAGGAGGACUUAAAACGGGCAGCGAAGGCUGCCAUCUGGCGCUGCCCUUUUUCCCUCGGCGCUGUCUGUAUUUCCCCACCUCAGGCUGAAAGGGGAGGGAGGCGAGAGGAGGAGGACCAAGAGAAGGAGGAGGAGAAGUGAGGGGGACGUUGUGGGGCGGUAGUGGUGUGGGAAAACGGGCAUUCAGCGAGCAGGUCCCAGGCAGAGGCCGGCCCCGGCUGUUGGCAGACCGGCUGGGGGAGAGCCCGGAGCGUUUCGGAAUACAGCCCAGCCCCAGCUCAGAACUGCGGUGUUUCGGGCGGGGAGGGGAAGUGUUUAGGGGGCUUUUCAUCGUCUCUGCAAGUCGGAGGCGGGGAGUGUAUAGUGGAGGGAGGAAGAAGGAAGGAGCUGGUGAGUCCCGGCUCAAGCAGACAGGUGAUGGGCGUUUCAGCCGCGGCGGCGGCGGUGGUGCUCCGGUUCCAUGCCUUGGGUUUCACUCGGGUCUGAUCUAAGCAAAUAUGCAGAAGUACCGGCUGGUCUGCUCUUAAAGCCAAAAAAGCAGAGCUAGGGAGAGAGGGAGUGAGAGAGACGGCUGCAGCCCCAGAUCCGGGAGCUACAAAAAAUAUAUAUAAUAAUAAACCCAACCCCCUUUCCUCCUCCCCUCCACCAGUUCCCCACCUCCCCCCCCCAGCGGCCGAGGAGGAUCCCGGAGCGGCGCACACACACUCGCUCACACACACACACGCGCGCACACACACAUACACACACACACGCGCGCACACACACCAGUGUCUUUCUCCCUGAGGGAUGGUACUGAAUUUCGCCGCCACUGGAGCCCGGCUGAAGCUCCUACACCGCAGCUCUGCGUUCCCACCGAGUCUAAAGUGCACCCGGACGCGAUGAGGACCUGGGUUUGUGUUUUGCUCCUAGGGUUUGGAUACCUGUCCUAUGCCUUUCCCGAGGAAGCCGAAAUCCCCCGGGAGGUGAUCGAGAGACUGGCUCACAGUGAGAUUAACAGCAUCCGCGACCUGCAGCGCCUCCUGGAGAUAGAUUCCGUAGGAUACGAGGAUGUUUCAGAAACAAAGCUGAAAGCUCAUAUGGUCCAUGCUCCCAAACAUGUGCAGGAAAAGCAUCCUGUACCCAUUAGAAGAAAAAGAAGUAUUGAGGAAGCUGUUCCUGCUGUUUGUAAAACAAGAACGGUUAUUUAUGAGAUACCACGGAGUCAGAUUGAUCCCACAUCGGCCAACUUCCUGAUCUGGCCUCCGUGUGUGGAGGUCAGACGAUGCACAGGCUGCUGUAACACCAGCAGUGUCAAAUGCCAGCCUUCACGGAUCCACCACAGAAGUGUCAAGGUGGCAAAAGUGGAAUAUGUUAGGAAAAAACCAAAAUUAAAAGAAGUUCUAGUGAGGUUAGAAGAGCAUUUGGAGUGCACCUGUAUGUCGUCAAAUUCUAAUUCAGAUUAUCGAGAAGAAGAAACUGGAAGGCCUAGGGAAACAGGUAAAAAACGGAAAAGAAAAAAGUUAAAACCAACCUAAGGCCCACUGGAGCUAUUUGGUAAUCAGAUGUGAGGUGAAAAUAAGCUAGAAAACCUUCUCUGGGACACGGAUGUACAUGGUUUGUUACAUUCCUGAACCUUCUAUGUAUGGUGCUUCAUUGACAGUAUACUCUACUUGUUCUCCUC